CCCGGCUGAGAGGACCUUUCUCUCUCACUGAACCUGGAUCCAGCCUCAGCACCUUCUCUCCGAAACGCUCUCUGGCUGCUCUCUCACUCCCCCUCGCUCUCCUCCUCUCUCUGCUCGUUUCUCUCUCUCCAGUUUCUCCCUCCUACUUUAACCCAUGAACAAGUGAGCGCAGUGAUUCUGAAGGUGCUUCACAAAUCAACUUGUAGUCAGCCUAGAGGACAGCACUCAAAAAAGGUUUUUUUUUUCUCCUUGCAAAAAGCACAUGGACUAAGUUUUCACCAGAAACAAACAAAAACAAACAAAAAAAGAAUCUUCCACCUGCAGACAUAAAAACGUUUUUUUUUUCCCUACAUCUGUGUGAUAUUUUAUUUCCUUUUAAUUGCAGGACGUUGUACAUUUAAGUGUUUUCCCCUCCAUCUCCUUAAUUCCUGAAGUUUGAAGGAAAAAGCAGAAGAUACCUGCCAGAAGCUCCACCGAUACACCAAGAAAUAUUUCAAAUUUUUCUUCAGACGGCAGAGAAAGGUUGCCUGUCCCUGGCUGCGUAAGGCUCCUAACCAUGCUACCUGUGUUCCUGCCGCUGUUCCUGCUGGGGGGGGUUCUGGGAGGCGGAUACCACCCCAUGCCUCAGAUGAAGUACGUUCAGCCCAUGAUGAAGGGCCCUGGGGGGCCACCCUUCCGGGAGGGCAAGGGCCAGUUCUUAGAUACACUGCCUAUGGUGGACGUCAAAGGAGAACCUGGCCCUCAAGGAAAACCGGGCCCCCGUGGGCCACCGGGUCUCCCAGGUUCUCCAGGGAAGCCAGGGAUUGGAAAACCAGGACUCAAUGGGCAGCCUGGGCCUCAAGGCCCCCCCGGGCUGUCUGUGAUCGGGAAACCGGGGCCCCCAGGUUUUCCUGGAAAGGCUGGUCUGAAGGGCAUAGCCGGGGGAAAGGGUGAGACUGGCCUGCAAGGUGAACCAGGCCUGAGAGGAUUGCCCGGGCAGCCUGGCCUUCCAGGACCAUCAGGCUUGUCUCUGAAUGGAAAACCUGGACUCCCAGGCAUUAGGGGCCCCUCAGGGCCCAGGGGUGAGCCAGGACUAAAAGGGGAACCGGGUACUCACGGAGAACGAGGGCUAAAGGGGGAAAAUGGAAAUGGAACUCCAGGUAUACCUGGGCCACGGGGCCCGGCCGGCCUUAAAGGUCAUCCGGGACUACCUGGGGUCCAAGGCAUUGGAAAGCCCGGAAUGAAUGGGCUUCCUGGGCCUGUUGGGCCAAAAGGUGAUGAUGGACUUCCAGGAAUACGAGGACCACCAGGAGAACCUGGUGCUCCAGGAUUGCAAGGUCAGCCUGGACCAAUUGGACUAGGGAAACCUGGUGUAGAUGGCUUGCGUGGAGCGCCAGGUCCUUUUGGACCAAAGGGGGAACCAGGGCACCAGGGGCCACCGGGACUGCCCGGAGCUGCUGGCUAUGGCAAGCCUGGGUUGUUGGGGCAGAAGGGGGAUCGUGGUUCCUCAGGACUACCAGGACUCCCUGGAGAUAAAGGGGAACCUGGAAUGGAUGGGCAGCCAGGUAACAUUGGCCUGGAUGGACAACCUGGACCUCCAGGAAUCCAGGGCCCUAUCGGUCUUCCAGGUAAGCAUGGCAUACCUGGCCUAAAAGGAGAAGUUGGGCUUGUUGGGCCCCCAGGAGCACCUGGGAUCAGAGGAGCUCAAGGUCCCAAUGGACUUGCAGGAAAGCCUGGUGUCCCUGGAGAAAGGGGUCUGCCUGGCCCCAAUGGUGUUUAUGGAAAGCCAGGUCUCAAAGGAGAACCUGGCCACAUAGGCUUGCCUGGUAACCCUGGGUUGUCGGGUGUGCAAGGGUUAAAAGGGGAAUCUGGACUUGUAGGGGCCCCAGGGCCUCGAGGUCAAUCUGGGAUUCCAGGCCUCCAGGGCCCAUCAGGGCCUAUGGGGCCCCAGGGAAUUCCUGGUUUAAAGGGGGAGUCUGGUCCACCUGGCUUACCUGGGAUAACCAGGAAUGGCAAUGAUGGAGUACCAGGACCACAGGGCCCCCCAGGAAAACCUGGUACUGCGGGACUGAAUGGCAUCCCAGGGCCCCCAGGUCCUCCGGGUCCCCCGGGUCCUCCAGGAGCCAUCAUCAAUGGUGAGACGCGAGUGUCUGGGCUUCAUGAAUCUGACCUUGGCGGGGAGUCGGUUCCAGGUGGCCGGAAUGGGAAGCCCCAGUAUGGACAAGGGGUGCUGUCUGCCGCACUAGCUCCCGCUUUCACUGCCAUCCUGACCACACCCUUCCCGCCCUCUGGCAUGCCAAUUAAGUUUGACAGGACUCUGUAUAAUGGGCAGAACGCCUACAGCCCUUCUACGGGGAUCUUCACUAGUCCAUUCGCUGGCAUCUACUACUUUGCCUACCACGUGCACGUAAAGGGAACCAGCCUGUGGGUGGCACUAUACAAGAACAAUGUGCCUGCCACAUACACCUACGACGAGUACAAGAAGGGCUACAUGGACCAGGCAUCCGGCAGCGCUGUUUUGGAGCUGAAGGAGGGAGAUCAGGUGUGGGUCCAGAUGCCCUCUGACCAGGCUAACGGGCUAUACUCCACUGAGUACAUCCACUCCUCCUUCUCAGGGUUCCUACUUAGCUCCACAUAACGGCCCUCCCCACAUCCGAAUCCACGACCAUCAUCAUCAUCGGCCAUAAAACACCUACAGCAUCGAAAGACUUUGUGAACAAGCAGAAGAAGGAAAGAAAAGAUUUCAAAGCAGGGGAAGGAUAUUUUAUACAGUCUCUGUGUUUCUCUCUUCCUUUCAAUGUUUUGAUUUUGUUUUCACUUUUUGAAACUGUUUGUUUUCUAGCAUAUAUUAUUAUUAAUAUUAUUAUUGUUUCAUUUGUUGUUUUGUUGUUGUUUUUUAAUGUUAUUGUCAUUGAUGUUCUAUUGAAUUGGAUGGUUAAGGACCUUACUUCACAAUAUGGUUACGCCUGCUGCCAAUACUUAUCUGUGUGACUGAACACUGCCUGACCCCUGACCCCCGACCCCACAGAAUGCUACAUCCCAGGGUUCAUGGGCAUUUCACUUUCUGCAGUCACAAACUUCUGAUCACUCACGUGCCACCGCUUACUCCAUAUAUGCAUUACUAUAUCUAUAUAAACAUAUACGCAGUUCAAAAGAGUACAAUCGAUACACUGAGACGUCAUAUAAACCGGCUUGUUCUCUGAUCAUUUAUCAAUACAUUUUAAGUAUUUUUUUCAUCCAUGAUAUUCUGAGAUCACGUUACGAGAAGGUUACAUCGGGAUAGCUCGUCAUUACAAAUACUGAUGGUUAUAUUUAUAAUGCAUUUUUUUGCUGAUCUAUUAGAUUAUGAUAGCCUGUUGUCAAAAUAGCUAGGUAAUGGUUACGCUUCUGGAAGCUGACGGCUGUGAUUAACAGCGUAGUAUUAGAGGUUGUUGCUUUUUAUUUUAACAACUAUAAAGACAAAAUCAGUCACCGCAGAACCGUUAUGCGUGCAAUGUAACCCAGUCUACUAUUUGAAAAGUCCUAGAUAACAUUUGCGUAAUAUGCUGCCAAUCGAUCAAUACAUUUUUAUAUAAGUAAGUGAAUAUAGAUCAGCUAUUGGAUUUAGCCUGCUAGCUUUCUCUGAUCAGAACAGUGGAUUUUCUUUCUCUGUGUUGUGGAAUUAUAUAUAUUUUUGUACUGUAAAGAUAAUUCUUUUCUGUCCCAUGUACUGUAAGACCUGAACAUAUCAUUGUUAUUUAUUCCCCUGCAUUUAAGCACCAUUGCUUACUUUACAAGCUCGGAUCAUUACGAAUUCUGAGCAAUUCAUGUCAUGAAGCAUAUCAAACAACCUUUUUUCUGAGGAUUUAUCUAAAGUUACACAUCACAUUUACACAUUCAGAUCAUGUAUGCGCAUUAGCUUCAUUGGCUAAAUACUGUCUGAGAUUUUCCUCGAGGUUAUUUUAUGUUUUGAUACGUGUUCCUUGUGUGCUGCUUGUGUGCACAGAAUUUGUGUACCUUAAUUUUUGUCUUAGUGGAGGUGGUCGUCAAUGCCCCGAUCCCUGGACUAGGUUCUUGAAUGUGUCAUUCCAUGCAGUGUUUCGUUUUGUUUUGGGGUCAAAGUAAUCAGCUGCUUCUGUCCCCUGCAAGAUAUAUCCAUGACAGAUGAAUGUCUGACAGCAACACUCUUCUUACCCUUGCUCUCCUGCCUUACUGUGAGCACAGUAGGUGCUAACCUUCACCUACAUUUUUCAAAGGGCCACUCCGCUCCAGCUGCUGUAGGCAUAGAUGGGAAUGAGUCUUAGUCUCCCUUUAAAAAGCCUGACCACAAUCCCUGCAGUUAUACACAGAAAAUACCUUGGGGUGUUUAAUGGUAGUAUUAGUUCAUUCACAGAUCGAGAAAGAAACAAGAAUAUUUUGAGAAUCUUUCUCCUAUAACGGUGUAACAAAACACGUUUGGCACAGUUUUCUUCAGUGACUUUUUGCAGUUCGUCAGGACCAGACUGUGAGUACCAAUCCCCUUUAUGUCUUGAGAAGUAAAGAUGGUGACAUGCAGAGUCUAUUAUUGGCCUGCACCCUGAAGGAUGAAUAGGUGAUCGGUGAUCCACACGACUACUUGAUGUGUCUGACAGGGCCAACAGUCAGCUACAGCUUCUGCCGGGUCUAAGGGAUGGUGUCAGGACUCUUUUGCUGGGUGGUGUCUAAAUGAAUGCCUUACUUGGGAUAUUCUGAAGAGCAGUAAAUGCCUCAGUAGUAAUCCCUUAAAGAUAGGGUCAUUAUCAGAGGAAUGUGUGACAGCCUUAAUGUGAGGGACACCAUCAUUAGCUGCAAAAGUGAACAACACAGCUGGGCACCAGCAAAAAAUGUCAAAAUGGAAAAGUGCUUGAUGUUUGCAGGGUGAAAAUACUUAAAGGCAGGGAUGUCCAAAUGAAGCUUCAUGAACCACUUGCUGUAUCUUCUGACGCCACUAGAUGGUGCUUUCUCAAAGGGCUCAAAGCAUGCCCCAAACAAACCAAGAGCACCAUCUAGUGGAUUCAAAGAAUACAGCAAAUGGUUCGUAAAACUUCAUUUGGCCAUCGCUACCUCAAGGGUAUCAGAAAAUAGAGGAGCUUACAGUACAUUCACAUCAUCCCUGAACUUUUGGCUCAAAACAGGCUUCCAAACUAAAUACAUUCCUCCAUCCAUUCCUAAGAGGAUGACAAUCCUGCUAAUGGUGAUUGGAAUUAGUGGUCGAAAGAAUAAGAUAUAAACUUGGGUGUACUGUUGAAGUGAUGCCUGUCCUGGAGAGGGCAGAUACAUAACAUCGAUUUUCAGGUAUCAGGUGCGAGGAAACACCAACAGACUAAUGUUAAGGAUAAAUGUGAACAUACAACCAUGUAGGUCUGAAACCACAGAAUAGAAUAUAGGGUUAGCAUGCUGCCGUACAUCGUAUGUGUGAUAAAUAUUACAGUGAUCUCAUAUAAAAAGACGUUUGGCAAAGCUGAACAGGAUCCUUAAGUGGUGCCUGCCACUAAGUUAGAAUCACUAAGCAUCUUAUCAGACACCUGUGCUUGUUUCUGUGUUGGCUCCCCACUUUCUGCAAGAUUUAGGUUCGGCCUGCCUGCAUAUUUUAUUACAAAGCCCGACAUUUUUCACUGAGAAGGAGUGCCAGUCUGGACAAUGGUUUUUUGUUGGGUGUCUAGUUUUGCUCUCUGCUGGACUGAAUCGCAGUGCUGAUCGUUUUCAGGUCCAUCAUCUUCCUAUCCUUUGUGCCUGACUAUCAGCAAAGCAUUUCGAAAGGCAAAGCCUGUUCAGUAGCUCUCUGCACAUUAUACGUUUCCCAAGUAUAUAUAAACAAUGUACCUUUUUUUACCCUGUGCUGAAAUGGUGCUGUGUAUACCACAUUCCUGCAGCAUGCAAGCUCAGGAAAAGGUGUGGACUGGAUGUAUGGCACAUCUUAACUUUCUGAAGACCACAUUUCUCUGACCUGGAGCGAUGGGGGGGGGGAUGGCUCCGCUGCCAUUUCUGCCAGAGAUUUAAUAUCUAAACAGCCUUGUAGUUUCUGCAGGCUAAUUAUUCUGUUGGAUAAUUAAUUACAUUGUGAAUGAACUGCCAGUUGUUUUUAUUAUGUUCCAGUAUGACCCAGACUCGCCAGUAUCAUUGCUAAUAACUUAAAAAUAUAUAUAUGUCAGCACUGGCGUGAUCCCCUAUAAACAGAAAGACACUCUUAUCUGUUUACUACCUGGUACCCAGAACCUAGAUAUACACCUCCUGCUUAUGUGGGUCAGGUACAAUUAAAUCAUUGACGUAUAUUUGAUACUUUCCAUUUUUGGCCAUUGCAAAAUUUCCAGCUUGGUGCACAGUAAAGAAUUUCACUUAUUGAUUUUAAUAUCCCCCACCCCGGAAGCCUGACAAUAAAGGAGAACUUUGUGCUUAUAAACAGUAUUUUUGUACAGUUAAUGCACUGUUUGACAUUUCCUUCAUCCUAGUUCUCUGAAAUCCACCAUCAACACAAAGUUUGUAAAUGAUGAUUGUUGUGAGUCCCAUUUGACAAGGCAAGGUUUUUUCUUGUUAUAUAACAUAUAUAUCCUUUCUGUUAUGAAAAGACAGGAUGGAUUUCCAUGUUCCCAUUAUGUAUGGUGUUUUAUUUUCCAAUGAGACUGGGUGCAGUGUUGUAUUGUUAUACACGUAACACAAGUGUGCAUAACAAAACUGAAAAAAAAAAACAUAUGAGAAAAAUUGUGUUUUCGCAAAUAAGAAAAACCAGGAAAUUAAAUCCCUUGCUUGGGUUUUACAGGAAAUUGUAUUUUUAUGUAAAAUUGAGUGGAAAAUCCCAUUUGCAAAUUAAAUUAAUAAAAAUGAUAUUUAUACAUAUGUGCUGAAAUAGCAGGAAUGCCCAAAAUGAUUGCCGAAGCCCAAUAGUUAUAUACAGUAUUUAACAACAAUGACAAGUACAGUGCAUUUACAUUGAUAGUUAGCACUAUAGCAUUGUUUGUGAAGGAUAAUCUUUUGUGUGUAGUAUUUUUUCCUCGUGUUUAUUGUACUAUGUAUCACACAAUUGUUUGUUUUUUUUCCUUUGUGAAGUGUCAUUGCAUACACUGUAUGUAAUAGAUUUUGGGUAUAAAAUGCACUCUUGUUUGAUUGAAAAUGUUUUGUCUGUUUAUACUAAAUCUACAGAACUUGAUAGUAUUGAUACCACAUCAAUAAAUACUUUCCAGUA